AUGGAGAAUGGAAUGAUACCAAAUAUCGACGAUUACCACAGCAUUCACACGAAACGAAUGCCAAAUACAAUUAUCAUAUCAACCGCUAUCCGUCUGGCAACAAUUUUAAUGAAUCCAAUUACAACGCAAUAUGCAAUUCCAAAAAUGAAUAUACAUAACCCUAUUCUAGUUGAUGCUGAAUUGAUUAAAACUAAUAUGAAAAAUAAGUUUAUGAGACUUUGUGGUCUUUUGCAUAACCAGUGUUGGGGAUUUUAUAUAGUUGAUGAUGAUAUAAGAUUAGAGGAGCUAACUAUGCAUAAAAAUGGCCUUCAUUCUUUGGAUGUAUACAUUAAAGCUAUUAACAUCGUUGUAGAUGUUCUAUCUAUACAGCAGUAUAUUCAGCAAGGAAAUAUCAUCUCCAUUGUAGCUGAUUGGCCUGAACAGAUUUAUCUUAGAAUAGCUAUUUCACGCUACUUAU